GGCUGCGCUGCAGCUGCUGAGUGAGGCUGCUUUGGUAAGAACUGGAGGGGAGCUGACAGCAGCAGCUGCAAAGGAGUGGCUGGAGUGUCUGUACGCCACCUUGGAGUUUGCGGAACAGUCCACAGGGCGCCCGGGGACGCUGCUGCUGCGGUGCCCAGAAGCGCUGCUUGAGGGAGAGCCGCUGCGGCUUGGAGACAGCGUAACUGCUGUUAGGGUUUGGGGUGUACAUACACCUCAAGGCGCAAACCCUAGCAGGGUUCAGGUGCUCGAACUCGAUGAGCUCAGCAAGGCAGACGCCAGGGUUUUGUUUGAGCCGCUGCUCUGCGCUGACUCGACUGUCGCUGAGGCCUCCUACUUAGCGGUUGGAGGCCACCCCAGGCUGCUGCGGCUGAUCUUCGACGACCUACAUAAAGCAACUGCAGAGCUGCUGCAGCAGCUCUCUCGCCCAAACCCUAAACCCUCGGAGGCCCCCGCAGCAGCAGCUCGAGACUUUGACGACGACAAACCCUUUUCGGGGGAUAAUAAACCCUUUUCAAAAAACACUAAACCCUCUUCGGGGGCCCCUCAGGGGCCCCCCCUGGACUUUUCAAUUCUAAAAAGAAAUGCUUUUUUCCAAGGAGAGCUCCUGCGUGCUGCUGCCACUCCAUUUAGGCCAAACCCCUUAAUGGGGGGCCCCCAGGGUACCCUGGGGGCUCCCCUGGGGGGCCCCCCGGGGGCCCCCUGGGGGCCCCCCCUGGGGGGCCCCCCGGGGGGCCCCCACGAACAAGGGGGGCCCCCUGCAGAUGUUAUUAAUAAGUUUUCGGAAGUGCAUCGCAUGCAGCAGCAGAGGCUGAGGGUUAUGUCGGAGACGCUUCUAGUUGAGGAGUUUCGUCGGUUUGAGUUAAUGGUCCUUCAGUUUCUGAAUUUUCCUCUUUUAAGGAAACUGCGGGAAGUCAGCAAAAACGAAGUCCAUUUCCUUGUUGUUGUGUGCGAGACGAUCCGCGAAUUUCUCAGAAGGCCAUAUCUCUUAUGCGGAGAUUUGGCGAAAAUAAACAACACCAUUAUUCUGGGUUUACUAGACGCCAACUUAAUUCGCGCUCGCUUUAACCCUCAGCGGCUGGAGGCCUCUGGGGCCUUUACGAAGAAUUUGCUGCAGUCCUUUUGCAACCAGAAAUACGAUGCUCUUAGCACGAAGGAAAAAGCAGAGUAUUCCCUCAACUUCCUCCUCAACCAGAAGUCCAUUAAGGAGGCACUCGACUCCCUCUAA